CAGGUGGUGCACAUUGGCAUCUAAAAGUCAAAAUAAUAUUCAGGGAAAUAAAACAAAUCUUUGGACUCGUGCACGUAGCACAGAAAAACCCACAUAGUGGACAUACAUAGUACGGAAUAGAACCACGUUUGGACAUACGCACCGACAAGUCGAUCGUGGACAUGGCCACGUAGUUGUCAAUGUGCACCAUGUGGACGUAGCGCUGGCUUACAGGGAAAAGAUAUUACAGUUUUUCAUAUCGUCCUGGCCGCUCUCAAUUUUCUCUCUGCGUUUCCGCUUAACCUCACUGGAUUUUGAAUUGUUGCUCUCGCCAGAUCUCAUCAGCUCUCACGUUAAAGCUUUCGGAGAGGUGUCUGUUGCAAAAUUACGUUAUGAUUAUCUGACUUAGGUGAUAAAGUAAUUGAAUGCGUCGUUUGAAAUUUGGCGAAAGUGAAGAAAGAAAAACAAGAAAAUGUUCAAAAAGUUUGAUGAGAGAGACAGUAUUUCUGGAAUUCAACAAUUGAAAUCGUCUGUUCAAAAAGGAAUUCGUUCAAAACUUCUGGAGCUGUAUCCUCAUCUAGAGAAUCAUAUAGAUAAUAUUAUACCAAAGAAAGAUGCCUUUCGCAUUGUAAAGUGCCAUGAUCACAUAGAGAUCAUAGUAAAUGCAGCAGGAGAUUUGUUAUUCUUCCGUCAACGUGAAGGUCCAUGGAUGCCCACUUUGAGAUUAUUACACAAAUAUCCAUUCUUUUUACCAAUGCAACAAGUUGACAAGGGUGCGAUUAGGUUUGUUCUUAGUGGUGCAAAUAUAAUGUGUCCUGGUUUGACGUCAAAAGGUGCUAGAAUGAUGACAGUUGAGAAGGGAAAAGUCGUUGCUGUUAUGGCAGAAGGCAAGCAACAUGCAUUAGCCAUUGGCAUAACAACUUUGUCGACGGAAGACAUUUUAAAAGUGAACAAAGGAGUAGGAAUAGAAAACUGCCACUAUUUAAAUGAUGGACUUUGGCAAAUGAAACCGGUAAAAUAAUAUUGACGAUUAAAAGAAGAUAGAAUGAGAAAAUCUUUCUGCAUACAACAUUCUCAUUUUACCUCGCAACGCAACAAAGGUCCAAUUAUUGUUAUUAUGUGAAACGUAACAAACACGCGUGUCCGUAGUGUUGCAGGCCAUAAUAUAAUUAAGGAUUACUAUUGCGUAUUGAAUUUUUAUUGUGUAUUUAAUGAAAGAUUACUUUGAAAGUAUAUUUGAUGAUAUAAUGUAAGAGUAAACAGAGAUAGUCUCAAAAUACACGCGUGUGUAAAAUAUGCUACUUAAUAAAUCAUCAGAUGAAACUUAA